AUGCGCUCCUCUCGCGGCGAUGGCGAGCUGGACCUGUUCGGCGCCAACAUCGAGGGCGCCCUGCUGGAGAUCGUAAUUGUCGCCAUAUGGCGGCUGCUGGCCUCUCUGGGCGCGCCCCUUGGGCGAUUUUUGGCAUUCUUCUUCUGGAGCGGGGGCUGCGUGGUCGGGAUGGCACGCGGCUGCGUGCGGCUGCUCCGCCAGGCGGCAAGGUGGCUGUCGGCGUCGUGGCACACGCCGCGGGUGGCGGGCUGGGCGUCGUGGCAGCUCCGGAGGUGGCACGCGGCGUUCGGGGUGGUCCUCGUGGCCAGCGCCGUGAUGGCCGUCCUGAGGCAGGCCCUUGAGAGGUUCGACGAGUCCAUACGGCGCCGGCGCGCCGUGCUGGACAGGAUGGCCGCGUCCGAGUCGUACGAAGAGUGGUCGAAGAACUCCCUGGAGCUGCGGUCGCUGGAGGACGCGGGCGGGGAGGAGGCCGCGUCCAAGCAGCAGGCCCGCCUGUACGCCAGCGGCCUCUUCCACACCAAGUGCGAGCACCUGAGGAGCGUGUACGCCACCGAGGACGCCAGGGAGGUCAUGAACGUGCUGAGGGCGGACAUGGUCAGGAGGCUGGGCAACAUGACGCACAGUGAAAUUUACCGCUAUCCAGAUGUGCCUGUGCCGAUUCGAGAUUACAUCGACGAGGUUAAGAGGCACCUGAAAUUCAUCGUCGACGAAUCCAAGUCGGAUCUCGAUUGGAAAGAGAAGCUGGGAUUUCUCCAGGAGGCAAGACAUACAUUUGGGAGAACUGCCCUCUUGCUCAGUGGUGGAGGUGCUCUUGGUGCAUUUCACCUGGGUGUGGUGAAAGCACUGCUGGAAAACAAGUUGCUACCCAGGAUUGUCGGUGGCAGCAGUGUUGGAUCCAUUGUGGCCUCAAUUGUGGGAACACAUACCGAUGAACAGCUCUCCCAUUUGCUUGAGCACUUGGACAAGCUGGACAUGAAUUUGUUCAACAACUCCACAAUCCGGCAGUUCCUGGCACAGUUGCUUGCCAAAGGCACCCUUCAUGAUGAGCUCUACUUGCAGGCGAAGCUGAAGGAGUUGCUUGGGGAUCUGACUUUUCUGGAUGCCUAUGAAAACUCAGGGCGCGUGCUGAAUGUUGUGGUGUGCGCUGCUGACACCAACGAGCCACCACGUGUGCUGAACUACCUGUCAGCGCCUCAGGUGUUGGUGUGGAGUGCAGUGGCAGCUUCGUCUGCCUUCCCUGGCCUGUACCCUGCCCAGGACAUUAAGGCCAGAAAUGGCAGAGGCGAAUAUGUCAGCUUUUCUCUGCAGGCUGCAUUUGAGGGUGAGAGGCGUUGGAGGGAUGGAUCUCUGGAAGAAGACCUGCCUUUCAGGGAACUGAGGGAGAUGUUCAACGUGAACUAUUUCUUGGUGUCACAAACAAACCCACAUAUUGUGCCCAUUCUCAACUUCAAGAAUCAGUUCAAUCGCAAAGUUGCGAACAUGAUCGAGAUUGAAUGGAAGCAUAGGUGCCAGCAGCUGCAGAAUCUGCUUCCAGACUGGAUGCCCUCCAAGUGGCUGACCCUGUUCUCGCAGACCUGGGAGGGUGACGUUACCAUGGUGCUGCCAGUGGGCAGCUACUGGACGCUGCGCAAAGCUGUCGUCAACCCCACACCCAAUGAAGUCCAGGAGGCAACACACAGGGGGGAGGUGUCCACUUGGGAAAAGCUGUCAGCCAUCCAAGUGAACUGUGCGAUCGAGAAGGCUCUCGAUGAGUCACUGAAUGCAGUACUGGCAGAAGUGAGGGGAAGGCACGCCUUGAAGGGACUGAAGUCCAGGAUUCCGAGCUGGUUGCACAUGCCUGUGUUGGGUUUGCCCUCCCCGGAGUCCCUGGAUUCACUUCUUUCCCUGGAUGACAGCAAUGCGCCUCAAACCCCCCAGUGCACAGUUGAUCGUAGGUCAGAUGGCAACAGACAGGUGCAGUGUCUGGAUGACACUGCAAGGGUAAUCAAUGGAAGAACCAGCUUUGAUGGGGAGCACACCGGGGACAAGGGGCUCAACGUGAUCGCCCCGUGA